AUGGCCCCGCCGAAAAAGAGAAUCAUUUUCCUGACAAACAGUGACUAUAGACAAGCUAACGUUAUUCUAUCCGUCGCCCAUGCUCUGGUUCCUAAGUCUCAGGAUCUCGAGGUUCACAUUGCAUCGCAGGCUCGUUUGAAGGGACCGACAUCCCGCCUAGUCAAACAGCUGACUGCGGACCUCGGCUCAGCGGCGGUGGACGCCGUCAAGUUUCACGAGGUGGCUGGUUUGUCACAUUUCGACUCUGUCGAUAGACCUGGAAAGACUACGAUGGAAACUUGGCUGGUGAACCCAAACUUCAGCAAUGUCACUCGCAAUAUGCUCAACAUUGCCGACCUUGCUCUUCCAUGGAGCCCCGAAGAGUUUGUGGAGAUCUAUCGGGAUCUCGAGCGCAUUUGGAACGACGUUAAGCCAGAUGUCACAGUUGCACAGGCAUUCUUCGCGCCGGCACUCACCUUUUGCAACCGCAUCAAGAUGAAUUGGAUUGUACUUGCUCUAAACACGAUCAAGGACUUUGCUCUGCCACUUCAGCCAAAGAUGGCAAUGCUGUGGAAGUAUCCUGUGUAG